AUGGCAAGACUAAUCAGGGCACCAACUCGCUUUACUCAUGAGGACUGGACCCGCUCCAAUCUCCAGAAAUAUGCCAGUGCUGAUGUGGAAAGACAGCAGGCGGAGCGUUUGAUUGCCGAGUCCAACCGGCUGAAAGAAGAGACUGCCAGACGUACUGAAAGAACACAGGCUGAUGUUAGCAAGAAGUUAGAGCAACGCUUGAAUGAUAUCCGGUACUGGAAGAAGGAGCUUGAUGACAAACUCGAUGGGCUGGUCAAGGAAACUGACAAUCUAGAUACAUUCAAACAUCGAGUGGAGAAAGCUUUACAAGCCACAGAGGAGCCCUUGCACAUUGCCAGGAUGUGUUUGGCCAACAGGGAGAAACGGGUAGGCAUAGACCUGGUCCAUGAUGAUGUCCAGAAGGAGCUUCUGAAGGAGGUGCAGACCACUGAGGGAGUUCAGACUCUGCUGAGGAGGACUUUGGAGCAUGCAACAGAGCAGCUGAGGAAAAACCGUAAGGCUAAGUACCAUAUGGAGAAAGAUAUCAAGGAUAAAUUUGGAGCACAGAACAUUGAUGAGUAUUGUGAGAACCUCCGUAACAACUCUCAGCUUAUCCACUUCAACGAUAAUGUUGCCACGAUUGACCCUCACUCUGUGACCCUGGAGCAGUGGCAGGACUUCUCCAAUGACAACAUCAACUAUGGAGAGAGGGAGCGGGUGAACUCUGUGGCUCUGAGGUCAAGCAUCGAUGGUCUCCUCCAACAGACAGGAAAUGACAUGCGCAAGCAGGUGGACGACACUAAUGUGGCCUUGGCUCAUCGGAUCUGGGAGUGUAAGGAUGCCAAGGGAAAACUGGAGGACAAUCUCAACAGGGUCAUCGCUCAGAUCAAAGAACAAGAAGAAAACAUUGCCACUCUGGAGAUGUCCAUCCAGGCUAAAGAGGCUGCAAUGAAGGUGGCCCAGACUCGACUUGAGGUGCGGCAACACAGGCCAAACUUGGAGCUGUGCAGGGACCCUGUGCAGUACAAACUCAUCGAGGAAGUCCAAGAAAUAGCCAACUCGGUUGCUCAGCUACAAGCCCGCCUGCGGGAUGCCAACAGCUCUCUGAAGGGCCUGGUUCGCAACCAGCUGGAGCUGGAGGAAGAAAUAGCCAUCAAAGCCAACACCUUGUUCAUUGAUGAGGUGGAGUGCAUGGGCAUGAGAAAGAGUAUUCAUAUUCAAAAGUUUUAA